AUGUCAGAAGCAGGACGUUCCGGUCUGUAUUCUGACACCUUGGCAUCUUUGGAACGUUGUGUAGCACUGUCAGGCGGGAAAGAAAAGGCUGAGAUGGCUUCGCAAUUUUCAUCGAGUCAAAAGCAUACUCCUUUGGACAGCCCGUCCGUAUCAAACUCGCUCGAUCAACCCACCGGCACUUCUAAAGCUGAGCCCAGCAAAAUCGACAAAAGAGCUCAAUCGGCUCAUAAUGCACAAGAUAUCGAGUUCAUUGGAUACAAGGACGAAACUCAAAUUGCGGAGAUUAUGGCCCUGAUCACAAAGGAUCUGAGUGAGCCAUAUUCAAUCUACACCUACCGUUACUUCAUCCAUGGAUGGCCCGAAUUGUGUAUAUUGGCACGAGAUUUAUUAUCCGGAAAAAUUGUCGGCACUAUUGUUUGCAAGCUCGAAGACGUUAUAAAGCAGGCCAGUCGCCGGAAAGGAUACAUUGCUAUGUUGGCUGUCGAUUCGGAUUACAGAAAUAUGGGAAUAGGUACAAAGUUGGUUCAAACUGCCAUUCAAAGAAUGCGACACAUUGGUUGCGAUGAAGUUGUGCUGGAAACAGAGGUCACCAACAAAGAUGCAUCUAAACUCUACGGAAAAUUGGGCUUUAUUCGCGAGAAGCGACUUUUCAGGUAUUACUUGAAUGGUGGAGAUGCAUUUCGACUCAAAUUGUACUUCGCGCCUCCUUUGAGUUAUCACGCUCUACCACAGCAGCAAUUUCAGUCAACAUCUCCAUCGCCACAACCGUCAUUUGUU